AUGGCGAUGCAGUGCCCGUACUCAUGCGAGACUGCUACCGAUACUCUCCAAUGGAUCAAGGCGAUUGUCGAUUUCUUACAGCCUUUCACUUUCUUAAUAAAUGCUCACGUCGUCAAUUUCUUCACCGACAAACUCUGGGAAGCCGUUGAUAAAGAUUGGAUUGAUUGUCUUCGCAAUGAACCUAUCGAAAAUCUUCUCCUCAUUCCCUCCGGAGUCGUCCAGGACCAUUGGCCUGAUUCACUUAAGGAGUUUGUUCUUACUUUGAAGUCUCUUGUGCUUCCUAGAAAGCAAGCGGACUUGCACAAGGUAUUACCUGGAUGGAAAGUGACAUCAAUUAGCAGUGUUCUUGCUCAAGGCAUGAAUCUGAAGAAAAAACAUGAAGUGGAGGUUCUUUCUGCUGUUGUAAAUUCGGUAGCAAAUAGUGUAAGCACUGAUACUAUAGUUGAUGUUGGUGCUGGCCAGGGCUAUCUUGCACAAGUUCUAUCCUUCCAGUUCCAACAUUCUGUAGUUGCGAUAGAUGCUUGUUCUCAUCAUGGAAAGGUUAUGAAUGCACGUGCAGAACGAAUCAAAAAGCAUUAUGCAGCUCAGAUGCGGAAGUUUGGAUCAGAAAACAAGAGUUUGAAUAUGCCCAAGACAAUUACAUGCCAGGUAAUGUCUAUUGACAUGCUGAGAGCUUUAACCAACAUGUCGCUACAUAAGGAUGAUGCUGAGCAGCCAAAGCUAAUGUUGCAAAAUAAUAAAAAACUCGAUCGAAGAAAACUAAAAUCUUCAGGCAAUGCAGAAAGUGAAAUUUCAUUGGUUCUUGCUGGACUUCAUGCUUGUGGAGAUCUAUCAGUAACAAUGCUUAAGACCUUUGUGGAUUGCAAAGAAGUUAAUGCAGUUGUUAGCAUCGGCUGCUGUUACAACUUAUUAUCUGAAGAAGGAUUUGACAUUGCUGGUUCUCUUUGUGGUUUUCCAAUGAGUUCUGGUGUUAAAUCUGCUAACUUUCCUCUUGGAAAAAGUUCGCGUGAUCUUGCUUGUCAGAGUGCAGAGAGAUGGGGAAGUCUAGAAAGAGAUGCUGGUGUUCAUAAUUUUGAGCUGCACGCUUUCCGUGCUGCUUUUCAAAUGGUCCUUUCUAGAUAUUAUAUGGAAGUAAUUGUAACAAGUCCUUCAGUUGGACGUCAAGGGAAGGCAUUGCGCCGCCAGCAGCAAAGGAGGAUCUUGGAGUCCCGUUCACAAUGUGAAGAAAACUCAUGUCCAUCUUUCAGUCAGAAACACUCUGAUACCACACGCUCCUCUGUGGAGAUUGGAGAACCUAAAGCAGAUGAUAAAUCAGCCUCGGUUUUGGACAUGGCUGCCUUAUCUCAUGAAAAUUCUUCAAACAAGAGUAUAAGACAAGAAAGCGCUGUUUCUACUGACAAAUAUCUACUCUUUGAGAAAUUUUGCCAGUCUGGAUUAUGCCGCCUUGGUCUCAAACCAUUGGACAGCGAAAAUCUUCGUGGGAUAUGGGACGAAGCUGAGCCCUUUGCUGACAUUAUAGGACCUUAUUGGUCUCUUCGAGCUGCUUUGGGGCCUCUUUUGGAAACAUAUAUUCUGUUGGACAGAUUAUUGUUCCUCCAGGAGCAAGGCAGUUCUCUGGAAGCAGUCAUGUUACCUAUAUUUGAUCCUGUAUUAUCUCCAAGGAAUGUGGCCAUAAUUGCUAAAAAGAAAUAAUUGUUGGCUUGGAUCUUACAGCUUAGUCUGAUAAAUGAUUGAAGGACCUUCUGCUGUGGGACUUGAGUUCUCUUUCACCUGACAUGUGCAGAACUGUUUUUGGCAAACAAGUAUAGUUAAUGGUAAACCUGUAAACCUUGAUAUAUGAGCUUUUCUUAUCCGGAUGAAUGUUUAUACUCUUACGCUCUAUACAAGGUUUGUUGGGCAGUCAUAAGAUUUGUCGAUGAAAUGUGAAUUCUAGGGGUUAUAUAUCUUUGAAUCGAUGAGUAUAUUUUUUGGAUAUAUCAGGUUUAGCAGUGAUGGGCAUGGUGAGUGUUAUUGUAACUGCUUUAUGCAAUAUAUUUCACAUUAGCAGCAUGCAUAAAAAUGUGCUGUGUUCUGACCUACAAUGAUAGUUAAAUUAAGAACUCAGAAUUUUGAAUUUAAUCCAUUGAACUCAGCUCUGUCAAUGGUGAAAUUUUCUUAUUAUUGGUGUACUUUUGCAAAUGAAGAAUUAGUAUCGAUUCACCUUUCUUUGACAAUGUACUUAAACCUUUUGAUAGGAAAGAAAGUAAUUAUAUUUCUAUCAAAAAGGCGGAUUCAAAAUUGUAGGAUGAAGUGGUGGUCAGUCCACUAGAAGAUUUACAAGUUAGUGGAGCAAAGUCUCUACACUUAAUCUUCUAUACAUGGUUUAGCCCCUCAAUAUAAUAUAACGCCACCUCCAAAGUGUACUUUAAGGAUGAUUGUUAUCGCUUAAAGAAAUUUGGCAACCUUUCUGCUGGUAAUGGUCCCUGUGAGUAUGUUGACUUUGCUUAACAUGCUGGUAGUACCACCUUAUUUUUUUGACUUGUUCUGAUUGAUGUAUGUAUUCUUGAAUUCUAUAAUCUUAUCAUUGUUAAUGUGAAUGUAACAAAGAUUUUCUAAAGAACAUUUGCUGGGCAUGAUAAUUUGAUUGUUACAGCUUCAUUCUAGUUCUAGAGUAUCACUGUAAUUGUUUUAAUAUUUGAAGGUGAAGUUUCUAACUUUCAUCAUUAUGAAUUCAAUCUAUCUAUGCACGACAACUAUAAUAGUUUUCUCUGUGCAGUUGUCUUAAAGAUCGCUUGAUCCUUGACAGCACUUGUUUUUCAUAUUCUUAAAAUCUUUUAAGUUAUAUACUGGGGACUUUGAGUGAAGGUUUAACACUUUGAUCGCUUUCAUAUAAUUUUCUUUUAUCUUUUUCUGGGAACCAUGGCUUAAAACUAUGCAACAAUUUACAAUGGUGAUCGGUUAUGAAUCCCCAAUUUUAGAUAUUCUAUACUGAUUCUGAUUGUCAUGAAGAGGUGCUGCUAUCACCUUCUUGUUGAAACAACUGAGAAAUAUGGAGUAAAUACUAGUUAAUAAUACAAAGUAUGAUAUGAUUGUUGUGCUGUCUGUUUGCGACUAACAAACUAAAUUAUUUCCCUACGAUUGUACUUGUAGACAUGCUAAACCAGAACCUUACCCUUUUUGUACAUUGUCA